CCAGCAGGAGGCGAAAACGAAAAAACGAUACCACGAGGAGGCGAAAUAAAGUAAAAACACACGCGGGAGGCGAGAAAACAUGGAAAAUCCGGAGCAAGAACUGAAUUUCCACGAGCUAGAGUUGGACGAUCGUUUGCUGAAGGAUAUUGCUCGCCUGGGAUGGAUUUCACCGACGCUGGUGCAGGAGAAGGCCAUCCCGUUUCUGUUGCAGGGCAAGGAUGUGCUGAUUCGAGCGCGAACCGGCUCCGGCAAGACGGCCGCUUUUGCCAUCCCGAUCAUACAGAGUGUGCUGAGCCGGAAAGGUGAAUCGGCGGUGCGGGAAACGUCGGUGCUGGUGAUGGCCCCGAGCCAGGAUCUUUGUCAUCAGAUCGCGAAAGUGUUCACCGAGUUAACGUCGUCCUGUGGACCGCUGGUCCGUGUCGUUGAUCUUUCCUCAAAGGAAGAUCGGGCCACCUAUCGGCAUCUGUUGGCAGACCGGCCCGAUAUUGUAGUGUCCACACCGGGCCGGUUGCGCACCGUGCUAACCGAUGGUACGCUGAAUGUGCGGGAGAGUCUGCGCUGCGUCACCAUCGAUGAGGCGGAUCUGAUGUUUUCUUUCGGAUUUGAGAGAGAUUUACGGGAAGUGUUGAAGCACUUCCCGCCAGUGCACCAGUCGGUGCUCUGUUCGGCUACGCUAGAGGAGGACGUGGUUUCGUUGAAGAAGUUGAUCCUUCAUAAUCCAGUGGUGCUGAAGCUGGAAGAGCCCGAUCUGGCCAUCGGUAGCCAGCUGACACACUAUCAAAUCGAGGCAGAUGAGAUGGACAAGGCCGUUGUGCUGUACACGAUUUUGAAGCUGAAACUGAUCCAGGGAAAGUGCAUCGUUUUCGUCAAGUCCGUUGAGCGGUGCUACAGAUUAAAAUUGUUUCUGGAACAGUUCAGUAUACGUUCGUGCAUCCUGAACUCGGAACUUCCCAUCAAAAUCCGUUGUCACACCGUCGACCAGUUCAAUCAGGGCGUAUACGACACGAUCAUUGCUUCAGACGAGUUGAUGGCCGUCAACCCGGAACGAGUAGCCAAGAAGAAGGUGAAGAAACCCUCCACCAAACAGCUGCUCCAACAGAAUUCCGAGGCCGAAUCGAGCGUUUCACGUGGCAUCGACUUCCAGUGUGUGUCGUGCGUGGUGAACUUUGAUUUUCCGAGCGACAUCAACUCCUACAUUCACCGGGCGGGACGAACGGCUCGCGGGAAAAACAAUGGCAGUGUCCUUUCGUUCGUGUCCAUCGAUGAGCAGGAGCGAAAGCGUGAAGUGGAAGAAUUCCUGCAAGGACUCGCUGGUGAUGAUGGGUUUACUAUGAAGGACUUCCAAUUCAACUUUGACGAAGUGGAAGCGUUCCGGUACCGAGCAAAGGAUGCCUGGCGGGCGAUCACAAAACUGUCCAUCCGGGAAGCACGAAUCAAGGAGUUGAAGGCGGAGAUGUUCAACUCGGAAAAGCUGAAAUCUUUCUUUGAGGAAAAUCCACGUGACCUGCAAACUCUGCGACAUGAUCGGACGCUGCACACGGUCCACGUACAGGAGCACCUGGGAGAUGUGCCGGAGUAUCUCGUUCCACCGUCGCUGCGAUCGAUCGUAGCUUUCAAUAACACCAAGCGGCAUAAGAAAUCAUCCGAUAAACGACACGGCAAGGCUAACAAACGUGCCUCGAAGGCGGAAAACCCACUGUUAAUGGACGGAAUGGAUUACGGCAAGAAGCGGCGAGUCUAG